UUAUUAAACGAUGGAACUAGUUCAAUUUCUUAAGGAGAAAAUGACUUAUUUCAUUUUUAUUUGCACUUUUGAAAAAAAUAGUGGCACUUAUUUAAUUUGCAUAUUCAUACAUUAUAUUUUUGUUGUGAUAAUUAAGAUGAUGUUGCCGGGAAAGCAAUAUUUAACAAUCUUAUUAAUUUAAAUUGUAAAUUGUUAUUUAGAGAUAGUGGACCAAAAAAAAAACAAGUUGAUUAACGAUUGUGGACCAGAAAGAAAUGGAUUAAAGAAAAAGUUUUUUUUAAUAGGUUUCAUGAUACCAUUGGCUAAGUAUUGAUGGUAUUGGAACGCGGCUUUAUUUGUUUGCGUAUAGACAAGUACAACAUGAAAUCUCCUAUUCUGAAAAAAAAAAGGAUUAGAUGUAUAAUUGGAUCCAUAUUGCUAUUACCAUUAAUAAUUUACUUUAGUCACUCUGUUUUCUAGUUUCAUAACUUUUACAUGCCUUCACUAUAGUUGUUUAUAAAAUAGAUAACACGAUCGACACAACCAAUGUUUUUGUUCUUUCUGUACUCCAAAUGUAAAACAAAAACAAAAAAAUUUCUCUUCUUUUUGUCGUCACUAUGUUAGAUGAAACACAAGUUAACUAUGCUUUAAAAAAAGAGUUCGCCCUAGAAAAACCUCCCAGGCCCGAGUCCCGAUGUACGCCGCUUGGAUGGAUCUCCUCUGCUCCUCCACCUCCGCCUAGCUCUCCACCACGUGAAGCAGCCCCCCCACCCCCCUUUCCUCGUGAUGAUGAUGGUGACUGCUCCUCUCUGUCCGCUGUUCAGGCCUCCUCCUGACCCACCACCGUGCAAGUUCCUCCCGUUGGCUUCCCUCUCUCUCGUCACUCCGCCGGAACCACCAGAUCCUCCGGAUGUACCCGCCGUCGUUGCUCUUCUUCGCUACCUCAACACCUCUUCCAGUCUCUUUCCUCUGGCAAUGACUCAAAACCCAGAUCUGGAUUUCCCAAGUUUGACGCCUGAGUCUCGAGGCUGUGACGUUCCCUUCUUGUUAUUGGGGGUUUCAUCAGUCGUCUUUGGCUGUAUCUUCUCCAUACCAUCUACUCAAGCUUUUACCCAGAUCUCAACUCUAAAGCCACCAUCUAGGAUGGCUACAAAGAAUGGUGGUGGUGGUGGUUCCCCUGUGUCCGCUAGUGACACUUCAUUACCCUACGGGUUUCUUUCUCCUGUGAUAUACAGUAUGCAGUUCUUGUACGGGUUCCAUGACGGAUGUUGGUGUUGGGCUUGUGUAUCUCUCUUCUCUGUGGCAGGUGGAAGAGAAGUUCAUUGUCCUCUUCAAGCCGUGGAAUAUGGAUGUGGCGGGUUAUGGUUUUCCGCUUGUUCCUCAGUUAAAUCAGUAUUCGUUCCUAAUAUUUCCUCCUAUAUGGAGUGAAUUGGAUGAACAUGUUUCGUUGGUAUUGCAAGGAUCUUCCUCCCAUCGAAUGCUCUCUGCGUAGUGUGUGUGGCCCUACGGGUUACACUAGAUGCGAUCUUUGAAGAAGCUUAUGACUUUGUUGUGAUACGAUUUCAUAUGAUUCUCUUUUAUGAUUUGUAUCGCCAUUUUAUCCCUUAUGUUAUUGUUGUUAUUUGCUUGGCUGUUAAUAGCCUCCUUGUAUCCUCCUCCUCUGUUGGAGCGUAAACAUAUUUAAGAUUAAUGCAAGUAUGGUUUGAUCAAAAAAAA